AGUCGAUGUGUCGUGCGCCGGGGUUAACUGGAAACUAGAGUAAUUAACUAUUGCUUGAUAUAUACGUACAGCCUCCAAAGUUCAGAGGAGCCAGCGAGCAGCAAACUCACCAUGUCGUCGUCGUCGUCUCCUAUGCCCCACGUCCUCCUGGUCUCCGCUCCUCUGCAAGGCCAUGUCAACCCUCUCCUCGUUCUGGGCCGUCACCUCGCCUCCAGAGGCCUCCUCGUCACCUUCUCCACCGCCCCCCAUGCCGGCCUCAAGUUUGGGCACGGCGACGGCGCGACCGUCGACGUCGGGCGCGGCACGAUCCGGUUCGAGCACCUGAAGGGCGGCGCCCUGUGGGCCUCGGACGACCCCCGCUACCACGACCCCACCGGCGGUCUGAUGCGCCACCUCGAGGAAGCCGCGCCGCCGGUCCUCGCGGGGCUCAUCCGGCGGCAGUCCGGAGCCGGCCGGCCGGUGUCGUGCGUCGUGGCCAACGCGUUCGCCCCGUGGGCGACCCGCGUCGCCGGCGGCAUGGGCGUCCCGCACGCCAUGCUCUGGACGGAGUCCUGCGCCGUCCUCUCCCUGUUCUACCACUACUUCCACUCGCUCGCGGACUUCCCGUCGCGCGACGCCGGACCAGGCGCCACGGUCGCUGUCCCCGGGCUGCCACCGCUGGCCGCCGGCGAUCUGCCCGCCCUGAUCCACGCUCCCGACGAGUUCGUCUGGCGCCAAGUGCUCAUCGCAGACCUCCGCAGCCUCCGCGAGACGGUGACAUGGGUCCUCGUCAACACCUUCGACGAGCUCGAGCUCCCGACCAUGGAGGCGCUCCGCCCGCAUCUUCCUGUCAUACCAGUCGGUCCGCUCUGCAGCGAGGCAGAGAGCCACGGUAGUGGCCACGACGACGACGGCGACUGCGUGGCGUGGCUCGACGCGCAGCCGCCGCGGUCAGUGGUGUUCGUGGCGUUCGGGAGCCUCCUGCAGAUCAGCCGCGACGAGAUGAGCGAGCUGGCGGAGGGCCUGGCGGCCACGGGGCGGCCGUUCCUGCUGGUGGUGCGCGACGACAACAGGGAGCUCCUGCCCGACGCCGGCGACGACUGCCUCGCCGCGGCGACCGGCAGCGGCAGCAGGGGCAAGGUGGUGGCGUGGUGCGAUCAGGCGCGCGUGCUGUCGCACGCCGCCGUGGGGUGCUUCGUGACGCACUGCGGCUGGAACUCCACCGUGGAGGCGCUCGCGUCCGGCGUGCCGGUCGUCACGUACCCGGCCUGGGCCGACCAGCCUACCAACGCCAAGUUCUUGGCGGACGUGUACGGCGUCGGAGUCCGGCUCCCGAAGCCGAUGGCGCGUGACGCCCUCCGCCGCUGCAUCGAGGAGGUCAUGGGCGGCGGGCCGGAGGCAGUGGCAGUGCGGGCAAGGUCCGGGAAAUGGAAGGCCGAGGCGAGCGCGGCGCUGUCCACCGGCGGCUCGUUGGACAAGGGUAUCCAAGACUUCGUCGCCGCUAUACUGUCAACAUGUGCUGGUACGGUUGAAUAACAGUUGUGGUAAUACCGGCCGGUUCCUUCCUGUUGGUUCGCAGCAUGUUUUGUCAACUGUCAAGUGGCAUGAAUUUACUUGUGGUGGCUGUCAAGUGUCAAGUACCUAUCGUAGCUCGUCCGUAGCAAGGUUAGUCUCAAUGUGAUUUCAUUAAAGUUUUACGGACAUUAAAUAUGCUGAUGUGGUACAAUAUUAAUAAAGAGAGAGAUAAUAAAAGUUUUAUGGGAGCAGAGAGAGUUUCAUCCCCAUGAAACUCUUAUGUUUCCAAAAUCAGAUGCGUCAGAAACUGGGACAUGAAACUUCUCAUUGAGACUGACCUAAUAGUUCCUUCUCUAUGUACUCUCGAUCCCGUCCCAAUAUACGAGAGAUGGUUUGAUUGGUGCAGUCUUUAAUAUUGUACUCUCUCUGUUCCAAAUUAUAA